CCACAGGGGCUUGGUAACACUCCAUGAAAGGAAGCAGUAGGUUCACAGUCACGCUGGGGUAACAUUAUCUCUCAGUGAUAGAAAAGAUACCAGUGGGCGGAGCCUUGAGACGUAUCGUGACGUCACAACUAAGUCCUGAUACCCCCACAACACAGCCUCUCAAACCCAAAGUAUUACAUUAGCACCAAACAUGCGCCAGUCCUCAGUUGGCGCUUAAGAAGUGAACACGAUGAGAGCCACACUUCCUCAUGCCUCGGUCCUGCUUCUGGGCGUGGUGGUGGCCGUGCUGGUGGGUCCCUGCCGCAGCUCUGUGACCCAGGAGCCCAUGAACAACGACCAGCUCUCCAGCCACACCCCGACAUCCGCAGAAUUAAUCCAGUCAGUGAUGGUUAAUCAGAUGACGUUGCUCAGGAUGCUCAAUCAGUCUUCUAUCAAUUGCUCCCCGAACGAAUUAGCAAUGGCAGCGUUUGUUGCACGACAGGAAGACGCAAAAGAAGAGCUACGCCGCAGUUUGGAAGCAGCUUUAAAGAUGCUAAACGAGAAGAAGGAAGAAGCACUUGAUGAGAUUACCGAGAAGAAAAUACAAUCCGAAACAGAUCUGGCUUCCUUCAAAAACUCAGCACUUGAAGAGAUGACGGGGGCAAAACAACACAUAACAUAUGAGUUGAAGGCAGCGAGGGAAGUAGCACCAGGCAGCUCAGAAGAUACAAAAGAGACGAAGAUCUUCCAGAAAUAUACAGAAUCCCUUCCGCACAAGCAGGCCAUGGAAGCUUGUUUGCAGAAAGGAGGCCGCAUUGCUGUUCCUCUGAAUCCAGAGGAAGAUUCGCAGCUCACCUCGCUGGUCGCCGAAGAGACUUCCACUUACGACUCUUACUGGACUGGAUAUUGGAUUGGAGUGGACGACAGGGAGAAAGAAGAUGAAUGGGUUGAUAGUAACACAGGAUUGCCUGUCGCCUACAAAAACUUCCAAGGUGUCCAACCAGAUAACUUUGGCGAGCAUGGUGAAGACUGUGUUGUGCUCCUUCCUUGGGACUCAUGGAACGACUUUCCCUGUGCUCAGCCUGCCAAAGGAUAUCUGUGCGAAUUUAGUGUUGAAAAAGUUCAUACAUUGUAAACUCGUCCGAGAUAAAGGAUGAAAUAAGUAAUGCUAAAAAUACAACAAAAUGAUGGUUUGUGACCCACUGUGUAGAGUGGGUGGCAGGGAAUCACAAUAAUGAUGCAUUGUAACCUGCUGCCACAUCACUGGUUAAACACUCAUAGUUUUCAGUGAUACAAUGACAUAAGAGAGCUUAUAUGUUUGUAUCAUUAUGUACACCGUACUUUACUAAUUGCAACGCAGCGAUAAUUUGGUAGAGACAGAACCAACUACAGAUGAAAACAUCAAUCAACUUAUUUACUCUAAAUAAUGAUAAGUUGUUGCAAAUCGCUAAAAGCACAAAUGUCUUCAAAACCAGCCAGUUCUGAACAAUGGUAGUUAUAAUAAACCUCAUACACAAAAAAUAA